CUACGCCGCUCCCCAGGUGAGUUGCCACGGCAACGCGGGCACGAGGAGGCAAUGCGCGCUAAGGUACCCGGGAAAACUUCACACGUCACGUCACGCUGUCCAUGACAGUCAUGGUGAGGCUUUGGGAAGAAGUCCGAGGUUCGAGCCUGCGGUAGUGUAGCAGGGAAGAGACACAGCUAUGAGAGUGAACAUGUCCACUUUCAGUGAUUCGGGUUUUGAAGAGGAUCUCCACAGCCCUGCUGCGUCUCGCGAGCAGCGCGCGCGACCGCGUGCCAGGCUGAGCGCCGAGCGCCUGCACUGCGACCACGACGAGAGCUGCUUCAUCAUUCAGACCCACAAGCAGCACCACUUUCAGGCUCGCGACUGUCUGGCUCGCCAGCCACAGAUAACUGCUGAGGCGCGCUGUAAACUGGUGAGCUGGCUCCUAGCCGUUUAUAAACACUUCAAGCUGUCGUUUGAGUCCUGCUGCUUGGCCGUGAACAUCAUGGACCGUUUUUUGGUCACAACGUCAGUGGCAGCAGAUUGCUUCCAGUUGCUCGGCGUGACGUCUUUACUGAUCGCAACCAAACACGUUGAAGUCUGCUCCCCGCGCAUUAAGCAGCUGCUCUCACUCUGCUGUGACGCUUUCUCCAGAGAGCAGCUCUGCAAUCUCGAGUGCCUCAUUCUCCUCAGACUCAACUUCCGCUUGGCUGCACCGACUCUCGCUUUCUUUCUCGACUACUUCGUCAGUCGUGAGUUAUCCAGAUAUGCCAUUGGAACGGAGGAAAAAAUCCCAGAUGAAGGAAACAACAGCAGGAGCUGGAAAGCCCCUGAAGAGCAGCUCUUCAGUGUGAAGAGGUAUAAAUGUUUAGCUGGCAAAGUGUGUGAGUUGAGUCUGGCAGACUACGCUUUCAACAAGUACCGACCCUCUGUGAUUGUACAAAGUGCUCUAAAUCUGGCAAAGGACCUGUUAAGGAGACAAUUAAAAGAGUCCUCAGUCAAACACACCAGCUCGUCAGAGAUGUUAGACUUUCUCUGUGUUGCAGAUAACAACUCACAGGCACUGGACGAUCAUACUUUAAUCCAGCAAUGCACACAAGAGCUAAAAUUACUGGUGUCUCUCAAUCAAGAGUCAAUUCAGGACUUAAUAACACUCUGAACCAGUGCAAAUAUUCUGCGCUGUCAUCUUCAGGACUUUUUUGUUUACCUUUUUUUUUAUUAACUCUGAAGGAUAAGGCCUGUCACAAUCCUGACAUUUUGGUUCAUGAUUAAUUUCCAUAAAAAAAUGCAAAGAAUUGUAUUUUCUGUUGAUAUAUGUUGAUUUAUGACAAUCGAAUAUUAUAUAAUUAUGCACAUACACCUUUCUUGAUAUUAAUCUGUCUGCUUUUUAGACUGUAAAAAUAACAAAUAAUAAUUCUAUAAGCCCUAUUACUGGUAUAUACAGCAGUUUCUGAAUAAUAAACAAUGUAUGAUAGAAAACACUACAUAAAUUAAUGUACUGUGGCAAAACCAGGCCACGGUCAACUGUAAUAGACAAAAGCCUUUACCUUUGUUGACUAAGAAUAAUAAUAAUCCAGUGAUUUGAUUACAUCAGUGAACCUUGAGCAACUUCAUAUGCGUGUAGAAAAAUAUAAAAUCAUAUAAAAAUGGUUAAUCAGUGGUCAAUGAGCUGAAAUAUAUGUGAUUAGGCCAUUAGAAAUCAAAGUAUCUGACCCAUCAUCCCAUAUUCAUUUAUUAAUCAUAUUCAUUUAUGAAUAAUCUGGAUGCUCUUCUUCUUGUACAGUUUACAGCUUGUUCUGGUGAGACUGUAGGAUGAUUGUGUGAUCCGUGCAAAUAUUUGUCUAUCCAGCCCACAUCAGACAUCCCAAAAGUAAGGCAUGUAUUUAUGAUUAUAUGGCUGACAUCAUGGUUAUUUUAUGGAAGCACUUUAUUAUAUACACACGAUAAGGUUGUAUGAUGAAUUCCCAGCCCUUUGACGCAUAGGGAGAAAGACAUAAGCAACAAAAAAGGGAGUAAAAGAUCACUGAUGUACACGAGUAUAGAACAUUCCAAUAUAUAACAAUAUAACAAUGAACUGGUGUUGAUGCUAAGAUGAUCCAUGCAGCCUUGAGCCAAAAAUAGACCUACAAUUAACCACUUAUGGCUGCUAAUUCUAAAGGAUGAGGCAAAUUUGAUGUCUGAUUUGAAUCCAAAAUGAUUUACAAGUGAGGCAGAACCCAAUCCAAGCAUAUAGUGGAGCAGGUGAGGGUUAAGGGCUUUUGCUCAAGGGACCAACAGCUUUUCUAUAGACCUGGGAUUUGAACUCACAACAUUCGGGUCACAGAACAUUAACCAGUGUUAAAGUGCUUGAAUCUGAUACCUUUAAUAUUGACAGAAGAUUGAUGGAAAGUAAAUAAGUGAUGAGCUGUAAUUAGCUGUUCAACUGUUCACUUCAGGAAAUCCAUGCAAAAUGACUGAAUGCCAAACUUUUUGACUUAAACACCAAAUUGUUUUAAGCUACAGUUCACACGUCUGUUAUACGGAGCCUCAGAUUUGGAAAACAGUGCAGGGGAAUUAAGAGCAUGACGCAAAAGCCAGUCUCCUAGCAAAUCAAGGAGCAACAAAGAGACAACAAAGUAAUAUUUACUGACUUUUCCAGCCAUUCAUGGUGCAUGCAAACAGAUGGUGUUUUAUGUUCCUUAAUUCCACUGUGAAAUUGUACUGAAAGCAGAUGUCUGAUGAACUCGUGACAGCUGGGACUUGAUCAAAAAUACAUUUCGUGUUGUGUGGAGGUAUGCCUCGCACCACAGUUGUCAAUCCUGUUAUUAUAUUUAUUAUACUCAUUAUGAUCGUGUGAUGCUGUGUAUGUGGAAACAGGAAGGUGAUCUUAUGAGUUGAGUGAAAACAAUGUGAAAUAUUACUUUUAUUUGGUAGAUAGUCCAUUCUGUGCAUUUACUGAUUUCCGUUCUUUUGAAAAUGUUUAUCAUACACAUGGAUGUCAGAAGUGUUUUUCUUCUCUCUUGAACAGCCACUGAGAUCUUAGAAUUAAGACCAGACUAAACUAUAUUCAUGUAAAAUUGGCCAGGGUAAUAGUUUGCACCUAUUUUGUAAUCACUUUAGAAAAUGAUAGAGCAGAAAAUUGUCACAUUUUUUUUUCCCCAUUUCCCAUUUUCCCAUUAGUAUAGCAUAGACAUUAGUGAUAAGGUCCUGUGUGCCAUUUGAUCUUAAACCAGAGGGAACCUUAUAAUGCUACGGUCACGAUAUGUUGAGUAUCAUUUACUUUUUCAGUGUUAUUUGUUGAAAUAGGUCAUCAUAGGACAGAGUUAUAGAUGAACCAGCAGGGUUAC